AACGCAGCCAAUGCGGCGCGGGAGCUGGUCAUCCAGAGGCUGAUAUUCGUGGGCAACGCGUGUGAGAAUGAGGAGCAGCGGUUGCUGGAGAAGGUGCACACGGAGGAGGAGCGAGUGCACCAGAGCAUCCUGACCCAGCGGGUGCACUGGACCGAGGCUUUGCAGAAGCUGGCUGCCCUCCGCACCUAUCUGGUGGACGUGAUCACCAACCUGGAUGACCAGGACUUGGUGUGUGCAGAACAAGAGAUCUUCGAGAGGACAGAGCUGGCAGAGGGAAUCUUGGAGCCGCAGGAGUCGCAGAAGUUAAACUUUAAUCAGACCUGCGUUCAGAGUCCACUCCUGCAUCGGCUGUGGGCCUCCGCUGUUCUCUGCUGCGUCGCAGGUUCACAGAAGAUCCACAUCAAUGAGAAAACCAUCAGCCCUCAUCUCAGCCUGUCAGAAGACAAAAAAACCCUGACCUUCAGCCCCAAGAAAGCAAAGGUGGACUUGGACUGCCCCGAGCGGUUUGACCACUGGCCCAACGCUUUGGCUACUGCAGCUUUCCACUCAGGAGUCUGCGCGUGGAAGAUCUGUGCUUCUUGGGUCUUCUCGCGCUCCGACAGGGAGUUCAGGUUCCUGCACGCCGGGCAGCCGCAGGCAGUGGAGCUGAUCAAGUCUCCGGCCGAGAUCGGGGUGCUGGUUGACUUUGCGGGAGGGGAGGUGCUCUUUUAUGACCCCGGUUCCUGCGCCAUCCUCUUCUCCCACAGGGAGACCUUCACGGAGCCCCUCUAUCCCGUUUUUGCCGUGGCGCACCAGAGCAUCUCACUCGUCCAGUGA